UACUUCUGAUUUCCAACGAAAACCCUUUAUUGCCAUGGUAAAUUAAUUAUUUUCUCAAGUUUACGUAAUAUUUGUGUGUGUUUUUGCCCUCUGAUAUUGUUGAGAGAGUGGUGUCCCUUUCCAACUCUUUCAUUUUUUCGUCGUUGUCGGAAAGGACAACACUAAAUGUGAAGAAAGUUGAACUUUAUCAGUGAACAAUGAAUAUGGCAGAAAGUACAUUCACUUACAUAUGGCUGCAAAUUGAGAAGCUGGAUAUUGAGUACUGGAAAUGGGUAGCAUGGAUGAUAUAUCCAGUCAUAAUCUCGUUUCUGUUGCCAUUGGUGAUUCCAAUAUGUUUAUAUUGUUGUGCAAUAUUCCUGCAUGUGUACCAGUAUAGACGGAGGUUAUGUGAUGCGUAUGCCCAUGACUUCUGGGACGGCGCAAGAAAAACUGUUGCAGUGUUUUGGGAAGCCCAGGGGAGAAUUUGGCAUGGAUAUGAGAUAGUCGGCUUAGAUAAACUGCCAGAUACAGGGCCGGCUAUGGUUAUAUACUAUCAUGGUGCUCUUCCUAUAGACUUCUACUAUGUGAUGGCCAAAUGUCUGCUGGAGAAACAACGGCAGAUACACGCAGUGGGAGACAACUUUCUGUUCAAUAUUCCAGGGUUCCGUUUGAUGUGUGACGUGUUCAAUGUUAGUCCAGGAACUGUUCAUAGCUGUGCUGAUAUUCUGAAACAAGGGCAUAUACUGGGUAUCUCUCCUGGUGGUGUACGUGAGGCACUAUUUGGAGAUGAGUAUUACAGAGUGAUGUGGGGUAACAGAUCGGGAUUUGCUAAAGUUGCUCUCCAGACUAACACUCCUAUAUUUCCAAUGUUCACAAUGAAUAUCAGAGAGUCUUUCAGAACUCCAGGCUGGGGGAGAAGUUCAUUGAGGUGGCUCUAUGAAAAGUGUCGACUUCCUAUUGUUCCAAUCUAUGGAAAUUUUCCUGUAAAAAUGACAACAUAUCUGGGACCACCAAUAUUUCCUACUGAAGAUAUGAAAGCUGAAGAAUUAGCUGAAAAGGUAAAGCUUGGAUUAGAAGACUUGAUCAAGAAACAUCAGAAAGUUCCAGGAAAUGUCCUGAGAGCGCUGUCAGAAAGAGUUCUCUGGAAAGAGAAAGUCAGUUAGAACACACUGAUUUGUCAGGUUAUAAGAUUCUCUUCAAACUGGAAGUUGGUAGCACAUACACUAUGAACUUGUCUCACAUUGAGUAAUUUCCUGACCAUUUGAUGUGGGAUUUUGAGAUAAGUUAUUUUAUUACCAUGAUGCUUUGAACCUGUAAAUAUUAGGUCUUUUAGUACAUUGUAGGCCAUUCAGCUUGUUGUUAGGAAUUGAUACAUUACUGUUACAUGUUACAUUUUGAGAUACAAAAAGUGCUAGUGUGUUUGAGUAGUUUUCUUCUCAAGUUAAAGAAGGUGAAUAUGAGGAUACAUAUUUAUCUUCUUUUUGGAAGUUUAUAGUAUUUAUAUUAUUUUUUAUUUUGUGCAGAUAAAAGCAGACUUGUUACAUUUUUUCCACUUUCAUAUAUAAAUGAUAUGACAUAAUAGAAUAUUUAGAGUUUUUUAGCUCGACUAUUCAAAGAAAAGGGGAGCUAUCCUACUCUGCCCGGCAUCGGCAUGAGCGUUAGCGUCACGAAAAUGUAAAAGUUUGCGUACCACCCCAAAUAUUUUCAACGUCCAUUGAGAUAUUGCUUUCAUAUUUUGCAUACAUGUUUACCAUCAUGACCCCAUUUUGUAAACAGGAGCAGACAACUCUAUCAAGCAUUUUGACUGAAUUAUGGCCCCUUUUCGACUUAGAAUAUUCUUAUUGUAAUGUUAAAGUUUGCGUACCACCCCAAAUAUUAUCAAAGUCCAUUGAGAUAUUGCUUUCAUAUUUUGCAUACUUGUUUACCAUCAUGACCCCAUUCUGUAAACAGGAGCAGACAACUCUAUCAAGCAUAUUGAAUUAUGGCCCCUUUUCGACUUAGAAUAUGCUUAUUGUAAUGUUAAAGUUUUACUCAUAGCUUAUGUUAUACUAUCAAGCACUGAGAAUAGUCGAGCACGCUGUCAACUGACAGCUCUUGUUUCUUUUUCUUAUUUUUUUUUUUUUUGUUUUUUUUUUUAAAAAUUGGAAUAGGAAUGGUGAAAAAGAACAUAAAUUACAAGCAACAAAUAAACAUUUUUUUUUUUUUUUUUCAUUUUAAUAUGAGGCUUUACAUUUCCAUCUUUUUGGCAUAAUAUUAUAACUAUAAUUAUGGUAGUAUCAUCACCAAGUUUUUGCGCUAUUAACAAACCUGAAUUGGAACAAAAAAUAUUUAUCCUCCUGUAUGUGAAUAAUUAGUCAAUGGUUGGCAUUAAACCAUGAAAGGUGUUGUACUCUUUUUUUAGUGUGAAAGGUACAAUUUUAUGCCCCAAUCAUAAAUUUUGAAAAAACUUUGCACAAAUGACCAACAAAACAAGAUGGUGUGUAUCCUUCAAGACAGGAACCCCUAGCUCAAAGCUUAAGGUAACUCUUAGAGGUCAAAGUUUUAUGACAAUGUGUCAUGUACGAGUUCCAGACCACUGUUUAAAGGAUAAGGUCACAUUUAAAGGUCUUAUAUUUAGGGUAUUUUUUCUUGUUAGAUCUUUGUUCACUGUUACAAAGUUACAUGUCUCAUGCAAGACUUGGAGCACUAGCUCUAAAGUCAAGGUGUUACUAAGGGUUCAUAAAGGAAUGCCACAUAUGCAUGAAAAUGGUAGACUGAAUUGUGGAGGUAUGAUGAAAUAGGGACCAGCUUUAAUCUGCUCUUUGAUGUAUGUCUUAAACUCAAUGUUGUUAUAUUUUCUGGUCCUUUGGGAACAUGGAGUACAUUCAUUUUUACAAUAAUAGAAUUCUGCUUAGGCUGGUGCUAGUGGGGGUGAGGGAUGAUGUACAUUUCAUUUUUCUCUCAUGAACAGACUGAAUCAAUCCAGGUCUGCUAUUAUGUUACUUGUUUGCGUUCUAUGCUUCCAAAGGAUCUUUUCACAAACUUUAUUAUUUAUUAAUAUCAUUUUGUUGUUCUUAGAAUCUUUUGUUUCUGAAAAACACCAUGUUCAUUGGUAAAAUUAUUUUCUAAAAUCAUUUUUAAGGAUACAUCUUUUCAUACUUACUGUUGUUAAAAAAUCAUCAAUUUUGUCUACUUGUUGUAAAGUUUAUGAGUAGAUUUGAUUGCUGCAGUCAACUUCAGCUGUAGUAAAUCAUUAAUAUUUGCAGAGAACUAUUUUUCAUGGAUUUCAUAGUUGCAGUUAAAUUGAUCCUUGAGAACAAAUAAAAUUUCCAUUCAUUUUUUCUUCAAGAGUUGAAAUCCAUGAAUUUAAGUCCCAACAAAUUAGCCAUUUUAAUAAAAUCCUCAAGAUUUCAUGUCCAUUAUAAAAAUUAAAUUUCACAGUAUUGCAAUACUGUUGAUAAAGGUUAAAUUUCAUCUGUUGCAAUACCUUUGCUGUUUGAUACUUGUAACAUAGUUUGUUCCAUUUUCUUUAUAAUGACAAUAAAAUCACAUGGAGCAAACUUUUUGGUAUCUUUGUCUGGAUCUAUUUUUCCACCCUGGGACCAUUAAUAAAUGUAUAUGACAAAAAGUUGUGAAUCAUGGAGUUUUUGAUGUGAUAUAUAUUUGUUAUUAACACUGUUUUUUGUUGAAAUAAUUUUUGAGGUGAGAAACGGGCCUCUUUUGGCAGCUAUAUGAUUGACAGUUUUUAUGUUUCAAUAUAACAUGUGUUUUGUUUUACUAACUUACUGUGGAGUUUUCAUUUAAAGAGUUUAAGUUUGGCCGAUUGGGCUGCAGUUUUCAUUUUAGAAAAUCCACAGAAAUAACUUACUAGUCAUAAAAAAAGCGAUUUUAUGUUGCAAUACUUAAGUGUAGAUCCAUGUUUGUUGUAGUGAACUAAAUUACAUGUUGUAAAUGUUAAGCAGUCAGAUUUUAUUUUCAUGAAAUAGCUAGAAAUGAUCAACACAAGGAAAUUUCAGAAAGCAAUUCAGUCUUGGUGCUAUGUGUAAUAUAUUGUUAUUGUAGAAUACAUAAUGUGUAUUUAGUCAUUACGGUUACCUUGUUUUUUGCCAUAUUGGAACAAAUAAUUGUACAGCGGACACUGUGCCUCUUGUUUUCAUUUGUAAUUUAAAAAACAGAGUUUAUUUACAUGUGUUCAAAGUUAGGCUGUGUUAUGGCUUAACUGUUAAGGUCUCUGACUUUGAAUCACAUGCCCUCACAGAUGUGGAUUUGAGCCUCAUUCCGGGCAUUGAAUUCUUCAUACGAGGAAGCCAUCCAGCUGGCCGGUUGAUGGUUCUACCAGGGUUCCCUCCUUUGAAGAAAUAAUGAACAUAGGGGCACCUGGGGUCUUCCUCCACUGUCAAAGCUGGAAAGUCGCCUUGUGACCUAUAAAUUUGUUAGUGCGAUGUUAAACCCAACAAAAACAAACUAAAAUCAAACCGUCUAGGAGCUUAUUAAGUAAAGAAGAAAGAAAACAUGUUCAUUAAAAAUGAGAUCUCAUUUUGGCUGCUUCAAGAUUUAGGAUGAUGUCAUUCUUAUGACCAUUUCAGAUCUGUUUUGUACUUCAGGUCUUUCGUCUUAUUGCUUAGGCAGUAACCUGCAUAGGGACUUACAAUUAAGGAUCAUAUAUUUGUUCACCAAAUAUUUACAAAAUUUACUCAAUUAUAUAUGUAUCGUUGUCAGGACAAUAUUGUUGAAAAAAAGCAACACCCUUCUUAAUUACAUUGUAGGCCCUAAUAAUAUACAUGUAUAAUACCUUGUUAUGGACCAGAUAAUGUUACACUGAAUUAAGAUGGGAUGGAAAUCCAAAUGGUAUUUUAUUUAUCCAUGUAUUGAUUAUAUGGUAGGCCGAUUAUUAUAUACAGAUGCAGAAUUUUGGAAUACCAGUAUGCUGAUGAUUUGUCAUGAAGCUUGCAAACAACUACAAAUUACUUUAAACUGUGCAUUUUCUGUCUUCUACUUUAUAUUUUUGCGCAAUAUGCUUUACAUAUUAAGCAGACUUACCAUGUAUGUCCCCUUGCAUUCUUAGAUUUUUAGAACAGUGUGAAAUUGAUCUCUGUCUUGUUAUUCCUAGUGCUACUAUACAUGUUCAAAUCAGUGACAGCCCUAGUUGUAGAUACAAAGUUAGUACAAAUCUUAAAGAUUUAUGACAACUUUUUAGCAUGUCUGUUCGAAGUUCACCUGUUAACAUUGGCGUCUUGACUUGGUUAAGUUUUUGUGUGUAAGCUAGUACAUAUAUCUCAGUAAUCACUAGUGGGAAUUAAUUGAAACUUCACACACUUGUUCACUGUGAUGGUCUGACUUGCAUAUCACAGGUUCCAUAGAUCUAUUCAGCAUUUUUUACAUAGUUAUGUCUUUUUUGAUGUAUCAAUGUUUAUGUAAUCAGGUCUCUCAGUAACCACUGGUUGAAAGGAUAGAAACUUCACACACUUGUUCACUGUGAUGAUAUGACAGGUUUUAUAGCUCUAUUUUGCUGUUUAGCAAUUUUUGGUUAAGUUUUUACACAUAAUCUGGUAUCUCGGUUCCAACUACUUUGAAUUGAUUGAAAAUUUGCUCGCUUGUUUACUGUGAUGACCUGAUAUGCACUGUACAGGUUUCAUAACUCUGGUUAGCUUUAUAAGAAAGUUGUGCCUCUUUUAUGACUGGUGUUCUUGCAUAUAUAUUUUUAGUAACAAGACUUAAAUAGUCAAGCUUUGCUGUCCACCAACAUCUCUUGUUAUUUAUUAAGUUUGCUUUUAGACGAAAUGGUGCACCAUGUCUUACAGUAGUAAGUAUUUCUCCUGUUAUAGUCGUACAGUGUUGUAUUAACCACUUAAACCAUUUGAUGCUAGACUCUAGACUUGGGCACUGAUUUUCCUGUGUCAUAAUGUUUACACUUAUGUAGGCUCUUGUAAUUAUUACUGUUAGAUUUUGCUAAUGAAAUACAUUGAAAUUUAUAUUUACAUCAAUUCAGGAAGAAUAUGUUUUAUAGCUGUUUUCUUUUUUCCAGAUAUGUUACUGUUCACCUCUAUAAAAGGCUUAGUUUAGGUGAUACUUUAAUACUACAAACAUUUGUAUUAUAAUUGUCUCUGCCUUUUUGAAAGACAAAAAAAGUGACAUAAAAAUGGGCUGCUUAUGUCUGUCUUUCCAUCUUUUUUUCCAUCUGUCCUUAUUUCUGUCACCCUUUGUGUCUGAUCUGUUUGUCAGUAGGUUCAUCACACCUUGUGUCUGGUCCAUAAAUAUGCCAUCCAACAAGAGAUAUUAUCUGGAACAAAUAUUCCCCAUAAUAAGAAAAUAUUACUUGUACAAAAGCCAGCUCUCAGUUCCAAAGUUAAGGUCACACUUGGAGAUCAAAGGUUAACAGGGUCUGUUUCAUGUCUGGUCCAUAACUCUCCCAUUCAUGUAGGACUUCAGUAUACCUACCGGUAGGCACAACGUAGUGAGACAAGGUGUCACCUGCAAGAUCCAGACCACUGCCUUAAAGAUGAAGGUCACACUUAGAAGUCAAAGAUGAAGGUCAUUUUUCUUAGCCAGUCAGUAACUUUGCCAUACAUGGGUAGAUAUUGAAAUAACUAGGCACAAGUUAUCACCAUAAUUAAACUAUAUGCUACAUGCAGUACCCCUAUUUAUAUUUGUAAAUAUGGCAUUCACAGGUAGCAUUAGAAUGAUUGUUUGCUGCAGAUGAGGUAUGCUAUGCAGCUUACAUCUGCUUGAACUUUCACUGCAGUGUACUAGUAGUUUCAGUAGUACCAUAUAAAGAAAAACAUUUCAUUUGUGUACACAAACACAUACACUUUAAAUACAGAUAUUAAAGGACAAGGAAAGCCUGACAAUAAGUUGUAUUCAUAUGAAAGUCACCCCCAUGCCUUUCAUAACGCUGAAAGGUUUUUAGCUCGACUAUUCAAAGAAUAGUCUAGCUAUUCUACUCACCCUGGCGUCGGCGUCGGCGUCACACCUUGGUUAAGUUUUUGCUUGCAAGUACAUACAGCUAUCAUUUAAAGGCAUAUAUCUUUGAAACUUAUUUAUUCUUUUUCUAGGUCAAUUACCAACCUCACUGGGUCAAGUUCCAUAACUCUGACAUGUAUUUUGAGCAAAUUAUGCCCCCUUUUGGACUUAGAAAAUUCUGGUUAAAGUUUUACAUGCAAGUUACUAUCUCCAAAACUAAUGCAGAUAUUGAAUUGAAACUUCACAUGUGUCUUCGGGGUUAUAAAACUAGUUGAUAGCACCAAGUCCCAUAACUCUGACCUUCAUUUUGGCCAAAUUAUGCCCCCUUUUGGACUUAAAAAAUUCUGGUUAAAGUUUUGCGUGCAAGUACAUACAGCUAUUACUAAAAGGCAUAUAGAUUUGAAACUUAUUUUUUCUUUUUCUAGAUCAAUUACCUACCUCACUAGGUCAAGUCCCAUAACUCUGACAUGUAUUUUGGGCAAAUUAUGCCCCCUUUUGGACUUAGAAAAUUCUGGUUAAAGUUUUGCGUGUAAGUUACAUAUAGCUAUUACUAAAAGGCAUAUAGAUUUGAAACUUAUUUUUUCUUUUUCUAGAUCAAUUACCUACCUCACUGGGUCAAGUCCCAUAACUCUGACAUGUAUUUUGUGCAAAUUAUGCCCCCUUUUGGACUUAGAAAAUCCUGGUUAAAGUUUUACAUGCAAGUUACUACCUCCAAAACUACUACAGAUAUUAAAUUGAGACUUCACAUGUGUCUUCGGGGUUAUAAAACUAGUUGAUAGAAUCAAGUCCCAUAACUCUGACAUGUAUUUUGAGCAAAUUAUGCCCCCUUUUGGACUUAGUAAAUCCUGGUUAAAGUUUUGCAUGCAAGUACAUACAGCUAUUACCAGCUUUGAAACUUACUUAUUCUUUUUCUAGGUCAAUUACCAACCUCACUGGGUCAAGUUCCAUAACUCUUUACAUGUAUUUUGAGCAAAUUAUGCCCCCUUUUGGACUUAGAAAAUUCUGGUUAAAGUUUUACAUGCAAGUUACUACCCAAAACUAAUGCAGAUAUUGAAUUGAAACUUAACAUGUUUCUUCGGGGUUAUAAAACUAGUUGAUAGCAUCAAGUCCCAUAACUCUGAUAUGCAUUUUGUUCAAAUUAUGUCCCCGUUCAAACUUAAAACUCUUUUGAUAUUUAACAUUUUGGGUAAUAAUUUCCUGCUUCUGUGACAAUAUUUCGAAUAGUCGAGCUUGGCUGUCUUACGGACAGCUCUUGUUUAAAAUCGGACCACUAUUGAAAAAGAUAUGGCUGUUUGAAAAUUAAAGGCGUAUGCUAGAAUUCCCUGUAUAUGAGAUUGGCGAAAAUUUUCCCAAUAACAGAAUUUCUUUAAACUUAGGAUAUUGAGGGACAAUAAUCUAAGAAACAAAAAUAUGCAAUAAAAAUC